GCGUGUGUGUGUGUGGGGAGCAAAGUUUUCUUCACUUUUCUUUCUGUUAGGUAAUUAUAUUGUUUCUAAAUCAUUCUAUAUUUCAAUAUGUAUAUUAUUGACAAUGUUGCACCUGCUGCUUCCACUGUGGACUGUAAUUAUAAUGUCAAGCUUGACAUGUGUGGGUUUGGUGUUUCUGUUCGUAAUUGUACAGUAAGUCUUUUGUAAAGACUCAGGUCUAUAUUGUGUGUGUGGCUCCCUGUUUCUGUGUUGGUAGGUACAUAGCCCCAGCUGUGAAUUAUGUGUCACUGUGUGUAUGGUGUGAGCCCUGGCUAGACUAGAGCGGUGUGCGUGUGUGUCAAGAGGGCUGAGGCAGCAGAAUCCACUGCAGUCUGGAGGGAUGUGAUGAUGAUGAUCAUGAGAGGGAAGGGGUAAACACACACACACACACACACACACACACACACACACACACACACACACACACACACACACACACACACACACACACACACACACACACUUAGAGACAGGCGCAUGAGUGAACAAACACACACAUUUUAAUGAGGUGGAAGUGGCACUCACAUAAAUACACACACACACACACACACACACACACCUCGUGGGUGUAUGAAUUGUCGCUAGAGCUGUCACUGUCGCCUGAUCCUAGGACGGAGAGGAAGAGAGGGGGAGAAAGGAGGAGUGCAAACAAGAAGAGAGAAGGAGAUAAGAACAGGAGAAGAAAGGGAGAAAAAGAGAAGGAAAGAUACAGAUGAGAAAGAGAGGUAUAGUGCAGAUCGGAGGAGAAAGCUAAAUAAAGACGGGAGAAAAAAGGAGUGUGGACGAAGCAGGUUGACAUUUAUUGUCUUGUCCUUGAGGCAGAACUGAACGAUUUCUGCUAGACAGUCCAGCUGCAAAGUCAAAAUUGUCAAUAUUUAAAAAUUCAAGGUUAUGGUUAUGGUUAGAAUUCUGUUUAAAAUCUGAUUUUAUGACUUUGUGGCUGUGCCAGAUAGUGGCCACUGCAGAGCUGGCUCCAGAACAUGAUUCAUGAGGAAAAACGCUAACUUGUGUGGACGAAUAGAGAUAUUGAUAGACACCGAGGAGAGAGGAGUGUGAACAGAGAGAUUGAUUGAUAGAGCGAGGUCAUAGCAGGAGUGUGGCUGGAGAAAGAGAUUGAUAGACAGAGCGAGGGAGGAGAGGAGGGAUGCGGUGGAAGAGAAGGAGGUCUCCAGGACAGGGGAGGCCGGAGGAGGAGAAAGGCUCUGACACAACAUUCACCAUGCCCUUCUUUAGUAGAGUCAACACCAACUUGGACGCGGAGUCGAAGCGUAGUGCGGCUUCGUCGUCGACGGCGACAUCGGCCCACUUCCGGUCUCCAUGGCAACAGAGCGUGAAUGUGUUUGGCUCGUGGAGCAGGCCGGACUGUGUUCAGGAGCUCCAUCAGGAGGCUCAGCUUAACCUGCAGAGCCUGCUGCAAGACUUUGAAGAGCAGCUGUAUGACACCAAGCUAACAGGCCAGACGUUCCGCCACCCAACAGCUUCCUCCCAGAGUUCUGACGACACGUCCACCACCCUCAGCCGCUCCCCUGUCUCCCUCAACAACAAGAGACCUGACUUCAUCUUCCUGCCGGCGUCUAAGGGGCAGGUGUGUGAGGAGGAUGAGACCUCCUCAGUAAGUAUCAGUAGGGGUACGGACCCGCCCCCCUCUCCCUCCCCGUCCCCCUGUGGGUCAGAUCGCCCUCUAGUGGGGUGGAGCAGCACCUCCCUGGGACCCCCCGUGGCCGAGAAACCUCGUUGGCACCUGGGACGACGCACCCCCGCUCACCUGCUAUCCCUCGACAUCACAGGUGAGGGUAAACUCUUGGGCGUAGACCUCCUCCAGGGAUCCUGUUCCCCCUCUCCGUCCCUGGGCUGUGGUGGAGGAGACCAGCCCCGGUCUCUGGAGCCUGUCACAGACACCCCUGUCCAGCACAUACCCCUGAGGAAGACCCAUAGUGACCUGGACCCCAGCCUCAGCCUUCCCCAGUCCCCCAGGAACCCCCCUCCAACCCUUGGCACCAUGGACCACUCUGCCGCCCUCCUCUGCUCCAACUCCACCUCUCAGUCCUGGAACGGCCCCAAGGGCUCCACCUUCUCCCCGGGAGCCUGGAACGAGGCCUAUAGUUAUAGUUUAGCUCCAAGUCCGCUGGGGAAGGGACCGGCGACCCUGCCCAAGGGACCAAGGAUGGUUGAGGGGCAGGGUGGGGAGUUGAUGUGCCCCUCUCAGACCAGUUUGGGACUCUCCGUGAGCUCGGGGUCGCAGUCUCACUCUAGUUCGUUCACGUCAAUAUCAGAACCUUCCGGACACAGGCACCCAGGCACCAUAGGGAUGAUGAUGGGGAGGCGGAGUGAGACAGAGGGGGCGGCAUCUAGCCCCACUGACGAACGGAGCGGUUCGGAGAGAGGGAUGGGAGGAGGAGAGAGAAGGGAGAGGUCGGCGCGUUCUGUCGCCGCCGCCAAUGCAUUUAAGUUCCGUGAGCGCUCUCUUUCCACGCCGACGGAUUCCGGCUCGUUCUGCUCCACGGAUAACAUCUGCGGCGGGAUGUACGGCGUCGGUGGACUACCUGGAGCCGGUAAUGGGACAAACGGGAACGGUGGCAGCGUUUUAACAGAGAUGCACCACCCCCACCACCAUUACCCUGGCGGCGAGGGGGGUGAGAGGGGCGAGAGCUACGCCCUCUUCUACCCCAGUGGGAGCUCCGAGGAUGGGAGCAACAGCAUUGACAACGUCUCCGUAUCUGACGGCAACUUCCCCCCGGGAGGUCGCCUACGGUUACGUUCUCGCUCCAUCUCGCUGAAGAAGUCCAAACGCAAACCCCCUCCGCCCGUCCGGAGCGUCUCGCUCGUGAAGAAUUUAGGGGGCGCCGAGGGGCGCGUGCAUGGCCACAACGGAGGGCACUACCGGGACGGGCGCCCCAAAUCCCUCCACAUCCCACGGGACCACCUACAGGACUUCCAGCCAGACUUCCUCUUACCCUCCUCCUCCCUCUCCAAGCCCGAUCUGGAGGAGCCUGAGCUGGGCCACGGCGGCGUGGACGGACCCCCUAGCCUCGAGGUCCACGGACCAGACACAACAGAGCUGUCCUUCCCAGCCCACUGGCAGCUGGAGGAGUGGAAAGCUUCUGACCCCUACAGGUCGUUGUCUGGGUCUAGUACAGCCACGGGGACGACUGUUAUAGAGUGCAUGAAGGUUCGGGGCAGCUCCGAGUCUCUCCUGGACUCCCCCUCCACCUCCAGAGCCACCUCCCCCUCCCUGCUCUCCGUUGAAGCAGAGUCGACCAAAGCUUCCUCCCCCUUCAAGCCACAAGGACUCAUGUCCCCCUCCAGUGGCUACUCUAGCCAGUCAGAAACUCCGACACCCAUCACCCCCUCCAACCAGGUGGCAGGAACACCAACAGGGCCCGCCUGCACGUUGGGGUGUAAGAUGCGCCCCAAAAUCCCAGAGAGGAAGUCUUCGUUGCCAGCUACAUCACCACGGGACCCUGCUGCUCGAUCGAGGCUGUCCUUCGAGAUGCCGGUUAACGCUCAUCUGGAUUUGUCCUCCAUCAAACCAAAACAGAAGGCCAGCCGGCGCCAUUCUGACACGUCCACCGCCACUAAGCCCGGUAAACUGAGUGCCGGCAGCCAAUCAACUCUCCCAGUGGUGACCACGAACGAGCUCCGGAACAUCCGCCUACGUUCUGUCUCCCGUACCGACCUGGAGGACUGCCUCAAUGGAGCCUCUAAUGACAUCAUUGAGGAGGAGCAGGGUCGCGACCUUUCCCCCCCGCCUGUCACCCCCGGUUGCACUCCCGGCCCCCUCGUUGCCCCCAAACCCAAACCCCCUGUGGCCUUCAAGCCCCCAUUACCCAAACGCCCCCUUAACAUCCUCCUCAAGUCCCCCUCCUCCUCCCCCGUCGCUUCCGACUCCCCCCCUGCCUCCCCUGUUAACCCUCCCCGGCCCAUGCCUAACCCCAGCAUCUACAUGGUAGUAGGUAGGAAGCCCAAGCUGAAGAAAGCCUUCCCUCACACCCCCACCAGUCCCUUUAGACCCCAGGAACAUCCCCAAACCUUCCCCCUCCACUACCCCCAGAGCCUCUACGAUGCCCCCUCCUUCCCCCACACCCAGUCCCUGUACGAUCUGCCUCCUCUCCCCCUGCCCCAGCCCCUCCUGGAGGACCCCUCCAUGGAGCCGGAGUUCAACCCUGACUUGGAGCUCCGUCUUGGGCCUGAGGAUGGAGGGUCUCUCCCCUCUCCCUGCAGUAACCAGGAAGUGCUGGAGACUCAGGAUAAGAGCACGUCUCUACCUAGCAGGAUGACCAUAUCCUGUCUGGCUGAAUUGGACAAGAAGAAACCCAAGGUUCCUCCGCCGGUUCCAAAGAAGCCCAACGUCCUGCUUCUCCCCUCCAACGGUACCACCGACAGACAGGGAACACAGACAGACAGCCCUGCCGCUCUCCGCUCUCCCGUUGGAGCGUUCCCACCAGAAGAGAUUCCCGGGAAAGAGGAAAACCAGGAAAAUUACCUGGGAAUAGGAACAGAUGAGGAAAGCUCCAUGGAGUCUUCAUUACAGGACUCUUCUUUUACAGAUGUGGAGGGGAGGCUCAGCAUUACAGAGACAGGCAUAAGUGAUGACGCGGAGAGCGUUGAGGAGAGCAGUUCGGUCGUUAGUGACAAGACGGAGCUCCACAUCACAGAGGAAAUGGAUGAUGAUGUCAGAGGACACACACCUACCACACACACCACAGAGGACCUGUUCACCAAAAUACACAGGUCAAAAAGGAAAGUCCUGGGCCGUAAGGAACCAGGGGACUCGUUCGGCAGCCGCCAGAGUCUGGUCUCCCCGGUGAAGCACAGCACCAGUGGUGGUGACCUCCGAACCCUGACCCUGGGCUCGACCCCGCGCUCCACCUCGCGGAACGACAACUUCAUGGCCCUGCUCCAAAAGAAGGGCAGCAAGUCCAGCACGGGAGGGGCCAGAGUCUCUGCCAUGGAACUCCUCAAGAGCACAAACCCCCUCGCGCGACGCGUCACAGAAUUCUCGACCUCAGCGGACGGAGGGGAUAUGACCACCGGGAAUCAUGGAACCAGACUGCCUCAGGACCAAUGAGAGUCUGAACCAUUGAAUGUUUUUAAACCACUUGUCCCAGGUCAUUCUCUCUCUCUCUCUCUCUCUCUCUCUCUCUCUCUCUCUCUCGCUCUCGCUCUCGCUCGCUCUCUCUCGCUCUCUCUCACACACACACACAUAUACUUACUGUAGCCUUACCACGACUAAGAGAUCUCCUGAGAAAGUAGAGGUUGAAUCUAGUUAUAGAUAACCCCUUUUCGAUCGAACUAUUGAUGGAAGAAGGAACGUCCAACCAGACCACUCAACCACUGAUUGACCUUUUCAUGAACGUUUAUUAACUGCUCAAUGGCUGGUCACGAUGGUCAUCAAAGGAGUUUUGUUUUUAACGCCGUCCAUUCCAUCAUUAAGGGGUAUUAUUUUUGGAGGUCUCCUUCAGUCUAAAGGAGAAAAUGAGCAGUUUUAAUGUCAUGCUUAAACACAUUCUUUCGCUCGUGUUUUUUACUUUGCUGUGUGACUGACAGUGGAGGAGAGAGAGAGCGAGAGAAACUAUACUAGGGAAAGAUUGAUUGGAUAAUAGCCGAUCUGGGAGUCUGACUGUAUGACUCUCAAUGAUCUUUGUGGAAAUGAAUGAAUCUGAAAUAUCCAUGGAAACACCACCAGUAGUAUAUACCGUAUAUGGUCCAUGCAAAGAAUCACCAAUAUCUAAACAGACAGAUUACAGGCCUACUGAAUAGACUGGGUACAUCGCAGGCCUAUGCUUGAUGGUGACGGAUGCCACACUAGUCUUUUGAAGACAUGGUGUGAGUGUGUGUCGUAUUUUCGGUCCCUCACACACACAAAAAAAACUAAAACGGUUUCAAUCGAAAACAUUCCACGGGAAGAUUGACAGUUGGACAUGGUACCAAGCCCCCGCCCCUUUAUGUUUGAAUCAAAGCACUUUGGCGACUGCAUACAGAGGUAGCUUACAACAACGAGGAAAACAACAAUGCCUGUGUCAUCCCUGUUAUUUGUUUGUUUAUGUUUCUCUUUUCAUACGAGAUAGAAGGCCAUAUAAAUGUUUUCUCAGAUUGUAUUUAACCUGUACAAAGAUAUACAUACAUACCGUAUAAACUGAAAUAUAUCCGCUUGAACUGUUCUAAACAGACUAUGGAGAGCCACAGUGUACAGUAGUACUACUAACAGUAGUAGUACAAUAGUACUACAGUAGUACUAACAGUAAUAGGACAAAAGUACUACAGUAGUACUAACAGUAGUAGUACAGUACUACUACAGUAGUACUAACAGUAAUAGUACUACAGUAGUACUAACAGUAGUAAUCUACUAUGUGAUACACCUCACAGCACACAACAGGAUCAAACCAACUGAACUGAAGGAGCAACGCCAUGGAACACAAGCCCACGAACCCUUACCCACGGAUCUCCCCACACUGCCGCCAGUAUGUGUGUACUUGCGUGUGUGUGUGUGUGUGUAUACAGGAAAUGAUAACCAAACACAGCAAGGGAUGUGUGAAAGAUGGAGGGCACAGAAUUGAACCCUGUGGAUCUUUCUUAACAGAGAGUAUGAUACAGGGUUGGGUUUAUUUAACAGGGUUUAGACUGGUUUCUGUUAGGACCAAAGGACUGCCAUAAACAGACAAGUGGAGACGUGUGUGUGUGUGUGUGUGUGUGUGUGUGUGUGUGUGUGUGUGUGUGUGUGUGUGUGUGUGUGUGUGUGUGUGUGUGUGUGUGUGUGUGUGUGUGUGUGUGUGUGUGUGGGGAGACAAGGGCUUCAUUUAUCCGCCCUAAGGAGAGGAUUAAGUGGUCUGAAUCAUGUGGAUGUAGUCUUUGGAGUUUUCCGUGACGUUUUGGAACUGAGAGGGGAUUCUGGACCUGAGGGGGUUCCGGAACUGUGAUUAGAACCCACUUUUCUAACAACCAUCACAAAACAAACAGAGACAGUCCAGGAAUACAGCUAACCAUCCAUCGGCCAUAUUGAAAAAUGCAGCGCCCUCUUCUUUUUGCCCUCUCCACAUGUUUUUUUUCUCAAACUGUCCGUUUUGUGCAGAGCCUUUUCCUCUCGUCCACUCUCCCUCGCUUCUCGUCCUCCUUCCUGGCAGGAACACAUGCUCCAUCUGUCUCUCUCUGCCCAUAGAGUAGCCCCCUCCUCUCCUCAUUUCUUCGUCCUCCCCUCAUCCCUCCCUCCGUACCCCUCCCAUUCUUUCUGUGCAUCGGAGCUUCCCGUUCGCAGACGACACAGCCUGAAUGUCAAUGGAAGGAAGGGGAAAAAGGACGCCGCGUUGAUAUUGUGUUCAAGAGUGCUAUGUUCAAAUUCAUCUUUCAAUCCACCCCUCUCUGUGAAAAAUACAAAUGUUUUUUUUUUUUUUUAUCCUUCUGCUGCAUUGUGCAUCGGUCCCUAUAUCCAGACCAAACUAACCAUCCAUGUUACAAGGGAAACAGGAGGGUGGAUUGUGUGAAAGAACACACAGAGACGGAUGGAAAAGGGACAGUGCGUGUGAAUGUCUGGAUGUGUACUUAAAGGAACGGAUAGUGGACUUCUGGACCCGCUCAGACUGUGAACACUGAUCUUAACCCAUCCUCCUUUCACCACACUUUUCCAGAACCAUUACAUUGGGGCCGUGCAAACCCUGGUGCUAUUGAGCUACAGUGCCCCCCUAUGGAUGACGAGAGGGAGCACACCCUGUAAAACUACUGCUCUGUCCCUCCAGCAGAGACGCAGUGACUCCAGAUUAAUAUCUGGAUGCUCUUUUUGUUAUAUCGGUCAUUCAGGAAACCAGAACAACAACUACAACAACUUAUAAAGACAAUGAAAAGAAGACGAAAAAAAACUAUGUAAAUGAACACGUUAUUAAUAAAUAGUCAAGUGACGCUUGUUUUAAAUAUUUAGUGAAUGGAACUACAACAAAAAAAGAACUAUGACAAAGCUCAGUGUUAGUUUGCCUUGUAGUCUGGCGUGAUGUUUAACCUUCUGUGUUUUUGACGUAGAAAUAUAAUUACUAGAAUGGACACCCCUAUUUAAGUCAAUGGGGCCAUAAUGUCAACUUCCUAUGGUCAGAGGUUCUAUGCCCAUUCUACUGAUUAUAUUCUAUGGUUUUCAGCUACCUUGAUAUUACACUCCCUUUGAGGUAUGCAGAGUUGUUACUCUUUCUGUUCUGAAGUACUGUAGUUAUUAUGGUUACUAAGGUAAUGCUGUAUACUAUGGUUACUACAGUCAUAUACUGUGGUUAUUACGGUAAUACUGUAUAAUAUGAUUACUACUGUCAUAUACUAUGGCUGUUACAGUAGUGGUCGUCACUAUUCCUACUAUUACUACUCUUGGCUGUACCCUUAUACUGUUCAUAAAACACAGAUGCAACGAUAGAGAGAAAGAAAGAGGGAGAGAGAAAGAGUUGAGAAAAAUGUAAGCAAUAGCCCAAGACCGAGGAUGAGGCAGAAACACAUUUUCACACACCGAGGCAAAAUACUCACUAAAUACUGUAACUCCAGUUGGAGAUUCCAGCUCUAGCCACAGAAAUGGUUGCGCAGCGCUACACACACACACACACACACACACACACUCACACACACACACACACACACACACACACACACACACACACACACACACACACACACACACACAGGAAGAAAUACAGAUUUGUUCAGUAGCCUACAGUUGGCACAUACAGUGAUUUAUUAUAGUGGGUUCCACUCUCCAAUCAACCAUGUCUAGGAAUGUGGUAGAGUAUUACAGAGUAUGGGAGCAGAAGAGAAAGAGGUAUGAGGAUAGGGGGGGGGGGUGAGGGAGAGAAGGUGGGUAACAUUUCACGAGUGGAUAUUUCACUCUUCUGAAAGAGGGGGAUCACGGUUGGGUUCUGUCCAUCGAUUUCCUCUCUCCUCCUUUCUUUCUUUCUUUCCUUCCCUUCUUUAUUCUGUGACUCAUAAGGACAACUCUUGAAGCUUUCCCAAAACUCCCCACGGAACAAUACAAGUCUAGAGAGAGGGGGAGAAGAAGAGAGAGGGAGAGGAGGGAUGACAGAAAAAUACGUCCUUUAGUCAGUGUGUGUUUUAUAUCUUGUUUCUGCAUCGACAUCUAACAGCAGCGUAACAAGCUGUUAACAACCACCUGGUUGUCAUGACGCUAAACAAGCAAACAGACAUAUUAAUAUUAGCCUUUUUCUCAAAUCACAUCCUACUCACUAUCUAGUGCACUAUUCUGGUCUAACACUUGAAAGGGUAUCAUGUGAGAUUUGAUCGCACCCUUUCAAGCUAUGUUAAAGUGUUAAUCUGUAUAUACAAUGUAAGUACCAUUAGAUUACCCUUAUUCAGAUUAAAUAUAGAGAUGAUAGUAUGAUUAGGGACAGGAGUUUAUUUUUCUGUCAAAAUGUGUAUUUAUUUUUUUCUCACAACAUUCUUACAGAAAUCUAGCCCCAUAAUUUCCCCUCACCACAUUACCUAACCAUGCAGGAAAAACUCAGAGUCCUAGUUAUAGGCUAUAAGAAACAAAUAGUAUAUAACUCUGGCCCAGAGUGUUUCCCGGUCAAGUCAUGUGGUCAGGAAAAACUCCUGUCCCUAAGUAUAAUGAGUAUAACCGAUAAUUAGUUGUACAUCAGUUAAACUGCUCACAGUACUCUCUGUAUGUAUAGGACCAGGACAAUAAUACAGCUUUAACUUAAAAGACACACACAAAAACACCCACGAAACAAGAUGAAGUUUGUUGGGUUAGGCUACUUAAAUAAAGAGAGAGAGCGUUCUUGGAAUUAUUCUAUUUUUGUUAUUUCUCAUUGGAAGGACAUAUUUAAAACUCUACUGCAUAUAUGAUUAUUAUUAUGAUAAUUAUCAAUAACCUCAGUUUUCAGAUCCAGCAGUGUGGUUCAUGUAGCUGUUGGUUUGAACACAUGCAGCUAUGUAUGUCUUGCCAAUGUGAUUAAAAUUAUUAUAUCAUUCAAAUAAAUUAUUUUUCUUGCUUAACACUGA